GAUCUGUUGCCUGGCCCUUGUCUUCUGUUGUUACAUUUGGUGUCGCUGCCUACCGACAAAUGAAAAGCCUAUACCCUGCAGUUUUUGAUGGAGACAUAUGGAUCUUCGGGCAGGACUUCAAGGCUUCUGCGCAGUUGAGUGGCGUUCAAGAUCUGUCAGCGAUGGAGCUGCUACUUGGGACGCUGCUGGGAGGUCGGGUGAAAGCAGCAUAUGAAAGUGUGAGCCGAAGUAUGGACGAAUGUUCGACAGGGUCAGGCAAACAGUUUCCAAAGUGGGAAGGACCAUAUAUGGUCACUUCGAGAUGGGGUUACGCAGACACAGUCGCAAUGGCGAACAAUGAGAGGUGCGUGAACGUCAGCGAGCUCCAGAAAUGGAUACAGCGAGACAAGCCAACGAUGACGCCUGCACCAAGUAGAUCAAGCCGACUUCAGUCGCACGUAUUUGACGGGGGGACGAGUGUGGUGAGAGCAGGCUGCUAGCCGAUUGGUUGGCACUAAUCUGCGUUAAGGUCUAGGUCACUAAUAUGGGCCGUGAGAAAAUAUGAACAAGCCUGAGUCAACAACCAAUCACAGCAAAGUUAACGUGGCAGAAUACGAUUCGCAGAGAGAACUCUAUUUAUCAAGGAAUCCCGAAACAACCAAUCAGAAGCCUGCGUUUGUCUACCUAAACAACCAAUCAGAUGACUGCGCUUGUCUAUAAUAAUGUUGUCUGAAAUAUGUAUAAAUACGUGUUGAUUUUCAUAAUAAAACGAUCUGUUGCCUGGCCCUUGUCUUCUGUUGUUACACU